GCGAGAGGCGCCCGUGUUUGAAUGAGGAGGCAUCGCUGGCUGUGUGAAAAUAAACCGCGAAUCGGCCACUCCCGAGGAAAGUCCGGGGAUCGGUGGCUCCGUAUAGGCCUUGCUGGGGGGCGUCGUCGUCUGGGAAGCAGCUGUGUCCGAGUGCUCUGCCAUCUCACCAGAAGAAAGACUUAUUUUGGAAAUAAUCUAGAGUAGAGUACGGAAACGGAGAAUUCGCUAAUAUUUUCAGGCACAACAACCCUCACUAGGAUCACCUGUUCCAAAGUCCAUCAGGAUGAAAGUGCAGCUGCCAUUGAGAAUGAUUGCCACUGAAGCUCUGAGUUGUCCUUCAGCCGUUUGAAUGAGAUGUAGCAGAGGGGCUGACCCGUCUACAGAUGCAUCAUUAUCUGGCAUGCCUUUUGACAAGAUGUGACAGAAUGCUUCUGGACAUUUAUAGAUGGCCGAUCUCCUAAUGUGGUGCCUGCUCUGCUCUCUGUAAACGUACACCUUGGGAUCACUCUCAACAGCACAAUGGCAGUGCACAGGACAAAGGCCGAUGCCUUGGUCAAAUGGAUUAACAGCCUUAAAUUGUCAGAGGAAGUAGGAAGUCUGGCAGCUCUCCAGGACUGUGCUGCAUUCGUCAAAAUAGUGUGCAAGAUAAGUGGAAAAGAAAAUGCUUCCCAGAUACUCGAGACAAAGUCCAUUGAAGAGCGAUUUCAGUUCAUCUGCGACUUUUUAGAAUGUGCAGAGGCUCAGGAGAAUCAGCCAGAUCGGAGCAGGUACAGUCCUGUUGCUGGAAACCUGGUCUCCCUGCAGAAGAUUUUGCGCGGUGAGGAAGUUGAACUUGAGAUGGCAAAGAUGGCUGUGCUUCUCCUCCACCUUCAUACCAUGGGCAGACAUAACCCACAUGAGUUUGAUGAUCUUGAUACAGAAACCCAGGGAGAGCUGGUGGGCAUGCUCCGUUACAUGAUGGACAAUGAAGACGCCAUUCAUCUGGACAAUAACUUAGCCACAUUCUUGCAGAGUCGAGCCUCCUCGCCAGUGGCCCAUCUGCACAGCCCGAGCUCAGAUGAAGUAAUUUCACCGAUGUUCUAUGGGAAAGCUGGAGGGCAAAAAACCCAGUUUCUGUCAUCCAAAGUUUACAGUUGUGGACCUUCGUCCCCGACAUCACCAAUGCGGGACUUCAUGCAGACCCCGCAGGUGCAGGUGCGCCGUAUGAAGAAGCAGCUGGCGGAUGCACGGAUGCUCCGCAAUGAUCUGGAGAUUGAGCUGACCGAGGCUCGCAAGCUGAUCACCGAGAAAGAAACAGAAGUCUCCAUCUUGCAUCAGAAGGUUGAUCGUCUGGUGAAAUUAACGGAGAGGCAGGCCACUGAGGAGCAGCCUGAUGAACUCGGCAACCUGAGGGAAAAGUGUGAAAGUUUAUUGAACAGACUGCGUGAUACUCAGAAGCAGAGUCAGGAUCUGAAGACCGAGAAAAGUCAGAUGGAGCGAAAGAUCGAUAAACUUGAGGAGGAAAAUGGAAACCUCUCGUACAAGGUUCGUGACUUGGGAAAUCGGCUGGCACAAUCGCAGAAGGCCCUGAACGAGCUGGCAGAUGAGCAUGAGUCAGCCAUGCCAAUUUGGGAGGGAAAACAGAAGCAGCUGGAGAGUGAUCUGCUCGUGGCCCUGUCGGAUAAAAAACUGAUGGAGGAAAGGAUACAGAUAUUGGAAGGGAAAAUAUCGUUGAUGGAAGAUAAACUGGCAGCAGCUGGGGAGAGUUCAAGUGAAGUGAAAGGAGAGGUGAUCGGUGAUGUUCUUCAGCUGGAAGCUUUGAAGUUGGAGGUCUCACAGCUGACAGCGAAAGCAGCGGAACUCGAACAAGAGACCACGCUUCACAAGGAGGAGAAGAGCCACCUCGCUGAGACAGUCGACAGCCUCAAGCAGUCCAUCGCGGAGCUGAUGGACCAGAAGGAAGUGCUUGAGCAGGAGGCACGGGUUCAGGAGGAGCAGCUGUUGGGGCAGCUGGACACCCUAAACGUGGAGAUUCUCAAAACAAACAACUCCCUGAUGCAAAAGGAGCUGGAGUUGGAGGAGGAGAAGAGGCUGCGUCACCAGCUGGCCGAGGACUCCCAGAGCAAGGAGCAGGCAGUCCUUGAUCUCCGCUCCAAGCUGGAGAGCCUCGGCGAGACCCUGCAGGCUAAAGAAGAAACACUACAGGCCUUCGAGCAGCGGCUGGAGGCCGAGCGGGAGAGCGCACUGCAGCAAAUGGCAGCCCUUAAGCAAGAGUCUGAGAGGAUUUGCAGCGAGAAGGUUUCGGUCGUCACACAGUAUGAAACUCUGAAGGCGGAGAAGGAGAGCGAAAUGGAAAGGCUCAAUAAACAGAUACAGUUGCUGGAAAGUAACCAUGUGGGCAUCGAAAGCCUAGAGCAGGAGAGGAAUGAGUUAAUGGAGAAGGUGCAGAUGUUGGACACGCAGGUGGCAGAGGUGACGUCUGAAAACCAGAACCUUCAGACGGCCUGCAGUGCUCACAAGCAGAGCCAUUCCGAGGAGGUUGCAGCCCUGAAAGUGGAGUUGCAGAAGACCAGAGAGGAAUUGGAGGAUCACAAGAUCAGGCUGGUGGACCUUGCUGAUGCAGCUCAAAAUAACGAGGCCCUCCGGGAGCAGCUUGCCUCCCUGCAGAGUGCAGUUGAAGGGCUGGAGGGAGAGAGGAGGCAGUGGGAAGAGGCACGGGCCUCUGAAGCCCAGCAGCGUUGCCAGCUGACUCAGGAGCUGAAGGAGCUGAGAGAAGAACGAGAUGGAGUCAAGGCCCAGUUAUCUGAGCAACUGAAGCUUCAGGAGUUGGCUCAGGCCACGGCCAAGCAGUCGAUGAACGAGCAGCUCGAGAAGUCAGCAGAGCUGCAGAGUAACCUUUCGAAUGCUCUGAAGAUGGUCGAGGAGAGAGAAAAAGAGGGAGAGAAGUUCCGUAAAGAGGCCGCCUCCUGGAAGGAGAAGUUUGAGGCUGCCCGGCAGCAGCAGGCCGAGUUGGACAGGGCAGUCGUGGACCUGAAGGAGGCGAGGGAAAAGGCUGAGGCUGAGCUGUCGGAAGAGAGGGCAAAGAAUGGCCAGCUGGAGGGCCGCCUGGCUAAGCUGGAAGCCGGCCAAGAGGGGAAGGUCUCAGUGCCGGAGAGCGAAUUCUCACAGCUAAGAGCUGCCGCAGCACUGGAGGCUGAGGCGAGGGCGGAAGCGGCCAGCUGGCGGCAUAAGCUGGAAGCUGCCGAGAAUGAGGCAUCUGAGCGCCUGUCACAGGCAGAAGAGAAGGCCAGUAAGAGCAGUGCUGAGCUGGAGCAGGCGUGCCGAGAGCUGGCAGAGGCGCGAGCUGGGCUGGAGGAGCAGAAGGGGCGACUCUCCGAGCUGGAGGCUAAGCUGGAGGGAGCACGGAGGGCGGAAAGCGAGGAGGAGGCAUGCCGGGGUCAGCUGGAGGCUGAGCUGGGGGCGCUGCGUGCUGAGCUACAGGACCUGAGGAAGGCAGAGGACGAGCGGCAGGGGGAGAGUGCUGCAACCAUAUCUGAACUGGAGGCCGAGAGGGCGAGAAGAGCCGAGCUCCAGCAGACUGUCAAGAGGCAGCACGAGCAGCUGGAGGCCGCGAAGGCGAAGGCAGCCAGCCAGGAGAGCGAGCUGGCCCGGUAUGCCCAGGCUUUCACUGAGAGGGAAGGAGAGUUGGCAGAGCUCAAGUCCAAGAUAGCAGCCAGUGAGGAGGCAGGGCGCCGGGCUGGGCAGAGGGCCGAGGCAGCUGAGCAAGAGCUGCGCUCCUCCCUCAGCCUGCGCCAAGAGAGGGAGGCCGACCUAGAGGCCUUGCGAUCGCGUGUGGCCCAGCUGGAGGGCAAGUGCGAUGGGAAGCAGAGCGAGCUGGCCCGCUUGGAAGCAGAACUCCAGGGUGUGCUGCAGGAGAAAGAGGCGACGGAACAGGCCCGGAACCGUGAGCUGGACCUGCGGCGGGAGGAGUUGGAGCAGGAGAGAAAGAAAGUGCACACUCUCGAGCUGGAGGUCUCAGCCUGGCGGGGCAAGCUCACGGGUGAGCAGAAGGAGAGCACCAGGCUGAGGGAGGAGGUGACGGUAGCGACGGAGGCGGAAGGGAGGUUGCGAAAAGAACUGGAGGCCCUACGAGAGGAGCAGGCACGACAGAGGGACUCAGCUGCCAGACUGCAGGAUGAGGAGGCUGCCACCCAGAGGCAGGCCAUCCAGGCCCUGCAAGAGCAGGUAGCUUCAGGGAACCGGCUGGUGGCGGAGCUACAGCAGCAGGCUCGGGCAGAGCAGGAGAGCAGUUCCCAGAAGGAGGCCAAGCUGGCCCAGCUCCGUGGAGAAGUGGCCAAGGCCCAGUGCCAGCUGAGCGAGGCAGAGUCCCAGCGGCGAGCCACGGUUGAGCGGCUGGAGAGGCAGCUGGGCGAGCUGAGGGCCGACGCGGGACAGCUAAGCACCGUGCAGGGGCGUUGCCAGCAGCAGCAACAGGAAAUCCAGCAGCUCCAGCAGACGAGCAGCCAGCUGGCCGCAACGAGAGGGAAGCUGGAGGCUGAGCUGGCCGAGGCCCGCGAGGCUCACGCCAAGCAGCUGAGCCAGCUCACCACCCAGCACAUGGAGGAGCAGGCCGCCAGUCGGCAGAGAGAAGAUGAAAGCCGGAGGAAAAUAGAAGAGGUGACCAGCAAGUACGAGAAGGCGAAGGCCAAGGUUUUGGAAGACAAGCGCAAGUUUCAGGAAGAACAAGAGCAACUAAUUGCGCAGGUCUCGGAUCUGAAUGAGAAGCUAACUCAGCACGACAUGGCAUCUAAAACCAAACUACAGAAACUUGUGGCUCGGGAUAACGAGACGCAGGAGAAGUUGGAGCAGCAGGUGAUGGAGCUGAAAACCCAGCUGAAGGAGAAGGAGGAGAUAGUGCAGCACGUCAAGGCCCAGCUGGAGAAGGCAAAGACUCACUACGACAGUAAGAAGAUGCUGAGCCUUGAGCUGGCCGAGAAGCUGGAGGCCCGAGAGAAGAGCAUCUCCUCCCUGGAGCAGCAGCUGACUGUGGCGAAGGAGGAGGGCGCUGAGCUGCGGGCCGAGUCGGAGAGGCUGCGCCACGAGGCACAGCAGGCAGUGAGAGAAGCAAAGGAGGCCAACCUAAAGAACAAGACUCUCUCUGCACAGGUGGAGUUUGCUGACCGACAGCUGAGGGAGCUCAACAAGUCACACUUACCUGUUGGCACAAGAAGAUCCCGUAGCAACGUGGGCAGAGCCGCCACACAGCCCGGAGACAGCGAAGCAGACUUCAGCCAAGACAGCAUCGAGCUGAGUGACCUGGAGGAGCCGGCAGCAGCGUGGAACAAUACAGGAGCCAGGAGGGGCCGGACAGGUUUCAAGACCCCUGAUGCCGCUCCUGAAGGAAAUCAAUCACUUGCGACACAGAAACUGCGUGGGAAGCUGGACUCACUGGAGUCGCUGUAUUUCACUCCGCUGCCAGACCGUGGCCAGUCCAAGAUGGACACCAGCCUCAGCUCACUGGGGGACCUCAGCCUGGACUCGGCCAAGAAAACCCGAUCCGGCCGGAGACGCACCACACAGGUCAUCAACAUCCUCAUGACAAAGAAGCAGGCAGUAGAGUACGAGGAACCCAGCACGAGUGCUUCAACCCUCAGCAUCCAGCCCUCUGCCUCCCAGACUGAUGUCUCGGGGCAGCUUCCCUGCAGCCGCUGGAGGAACCGGGCCUCUUCCAUCACCUCGCUAGCAACUGUCGACCGCUCCGCGUCCCAAGACGCGCUGGACGCAAGCAGCAGUUCAGAGGACGUGGGUACUGCUGCUUUGAAGAACCUCCCGGGAUUCCGGCCCACUACCCGAAGGUCCUCCAGGCUGUCCAUGUUUGGCACUGCUGCGUCAAGUUCGAAUGCAUUGUACCCGGGAAGCUGCCAGGAUGAGCCCGACCAGAUGGAUGACUGGAAUCGGAUUGCUGAGCUGCAACGUCGGAAUGGAGUCUGUCCUCCGCACUUGAAGACCUCCUAUCCUGUGGAGUCCCGUACUGCCAUCACUGAAUCCGUGAUCACCGAGGACGAACUGAAGCUCGGAGACCCCAACGAGACCCUCCGCCGAGCCACCCUGCUGCCCAAGGAGAUCAGUGCUCUCCGCCUAAGGAACCUGGCCACAGACUCCCUCAACCCCAACUGGAAGGGAGUCACCACCCGGCAACGCAAGCGACUCUCUGAGGAGUCGCACCAGGGAUCGGGCACCCCUGAGGCCAAGAAACAACUGAGCUGCUUUCCGCGCCCCUCAAGCCCAAAGGAAAAGGACAAGCAAGACCAUUCUCAGUACGACAGCCGAUCCAAACGCCCAGCUCAGAAUAAGGGCCGCAAUCAGGAUGAUAGGCGGAAAACCAUCGCCUACACCGUGUUCAACACACCUCGAAAGCUGGGCAGCAACCUGCUGCGUGGCAUCAGUAAGCGGGCAACCCCCAGGAAAACACCCAAGAAAACUCAAAAGAAGUCACCCAGGAAGUCCCCCAGAUCAAAUUCUAAAAAGGAUGCUGGAAAACGCAAAUUCUCCAGGAACAAGAUGUAAGCUCAGCCUCAGAGUGACAGAGAAGACCCCGGUGAUAUUUAUGCUGAGACCUACCACGCCCACAAAACAAUCGGCCAACGCGCUGGCUCACUCUACUUUUUACAAACAAUUUGCCUUAAGCGCGAGUAACUAGUUGGACCGAACACCGCUGGGUGUAGGAGGUUGUAGCUCCUACCCCUCCUCACUGUUACUCAUGCUGGUUGUUUGCGUUAGAAUCACGGCUCAAACUCACUAUCAAAUAUUUUUUUUUGCAUCCUCCUCUCACGAGUCUCGGCUGUUGUAAAUUUUCUAGUUGACGCUUUUGAAGCUAAUUUCUCUUGAUUGGGAAUGGCCAUUUGAUGGCUGCAGAAACUGCGUGUGUACAGGGCACCACAGAGCCCACAGCCUUCGUAGGUGGGUGUCUCAGUUGGGGAGGGGGACAGAGGUGACAUGGCCUUGGCUGGUUCCUAUCUUCCCCACCCCUUUAGCUGACGUGAAACGCUCGUGCACCCCCCAGCCCCACCCAUCCUCCAUCCCUAGUUGACACUUGGCUGAGCCAUGGUUUGUUACAUUGUGACUGUUUAGGAGUGGGAAGCUGCCUCACAGUGGGAGAUGUCUGUGUCCAUGUCUCCACGCAGAUCUCUCCUCACUUCUUCAUAUUUUAUAUUUGCUCUGACCUCAUGCUAAAUUAGCCAGUGUCUGUAGCAAAGAGAUGCUUUGUUGGCUUGCUCAUGUUAAGCCCCUGCCCUGACUGCAUCAGUGCUGUUCUACCCCUUCAGAACAACGGGGGUUCUCCCAUGAUUCAAUAUCCUAUAGCACAAAUUUACCACUUUGUGUGCGUAACUGUGUGAUGAUCCAACCAGCAUCUGGCCAUGGCACACAACCCCACGUCUGCUGUCACUUGCAGAUUCACGUUCUGAGCAGCUGCAGCAGCUCCACCUCUGUGUGUGUGUGUGUUUCCCCCUCUCCACAUCUCCCCUUGCCUCCUGCUGUCCCCUCCCCUGCUGCUCACCUCUUCCCCUCCCCUUUCCUUUCUAUCCUCCCUCCCUCUCCCUCCUCCUCCUCUACCCCCUCCCUCCCCUUCCCUCUCCCCCUCCUCCUUCCUCUCCCCUCCUCCCCUUCCUUUCCCCUACCUCUCUUCCCCUCCGUUUGUGUGACACUCUAACCUUGUAGCAUCUACUGCACAAUUUGUGCCCCUUGUUCCCCACCUCCCUCCCCGGUGGCUUUCUGACCACCUGCUCAAAACGCCCGUCCCCGUCGAGCACCGCUUAGACCGUGUCCACACCCUGUCCUCCAGAGGCUGACACAGGCCAUGAUUCAGUCUAGCAUAUCGGGUCCCCACUUCAGCACCAGUGCUGGUAUGCACUUCCCUGAGCUGGGCAGUGUUGGCUGGAGGUGGGAAAGGGAAGAGAAGAGACUAUAAUGAGCGAGGAAGACCUGUGUUGGAUUGACCUCAAAGUCCGGUUAGUUUCAUAAUCACUAAUCAUCCGCUGGUUAUUCAUCCAUGACAAGAUUUUCGCAGGAAUUAAAUUCAUUGGUUUUUCCAAAGGUGACCAUCGCUACUCGGAUAUUGUGUUCUCCUGCUGGGGUUACCCAACACCGUCUGCCCAGGUUACAAGUACCUCCACUUCGUGCAGGCGUUGGUUCCUGUCUCACAGCCGUGAUAUGUAUAUGUAGUCUUUUUAUUAAUCUGUGAUGGUGCGUAUAUUAUAAGCCUGUUUUAUGCUCUCGUCGGUAAUAUGAAGGUGAAGAUUGGAGUUUAAAGUCAAAUGGCUGGUCUUGGUCUGGCCUGUGCCAGCAAAAUUGUGACGGAGCCUGGGUGGCCAAAGACCCAGUCAGUUUUAUUUUACAUUGCCUUUUGCAAAUCUGCAAAAUGUGCUCCUUUCUGAAAUGAAAUGAAAUGUACAUGUUCCUGGCCUGCCUGUGAAGAAGUUGUGUGUGAGAGUGGGAGAGAGUGUGUGUGUGUGUGUGAAAGAGGGAAGAGUGUGUCUGAGAGGGAAAGUGUGAGUGCGUGUGAGAGAGAGAAGGUUUGCAUAUGCGUGUGUGAGUGUGCGUUUGUGAGAGAGUGUAUGUGUGUUUCUCCACACUCGAGUAAGGAUGUUUUUGUUCAUAUGUGAGAGGUGUAUUUACAUGAUGCUGAGCAGGUGGAUGGGAUGGAGAGGGGGUAUUCUCCAGUUGCUUGUUCGGAGUCUGACCCACUGCUUCUCCGCUGGGUUCAGUCAUGGUAACCUUGCCAAGGCAGUAAAAAAAAGCUCAAAUUAACUCUGCCCAAAUCUUGCAAAUGACCACCAGUAGAAAUGAAAAGAGUUUUCCUUGUGGUUGGGAAGGGAAAGCAGGGUAGGGGCGGGGUGAAUGGAGGGAAGCCAUGCCCAGCCAUUUGACAUCUUUCCUUUCAGCGCUGGUGUUGGUAUUCUUCACUGGUGUCCUCUCAAACCCCGAACACAGCCAGAAGCACCAGCACUUGACCCCACCAAGUUCUGCUGACCGGGUAACCUCCCAUCAGCAGCAGGUGGGAAGCAACACCGGGGAUUUAGCUGCAGGGACACCAGUGAGUCUGAUCACUGGCUCCAGAACUGUCAGGAAUGAUGUACUGUUUUCUGACUGAAGCAGGCUUUUAAAAACUAUUAGUUUCUUUUUAUACGAAAUGUCUGGACUGUUUCUCUGUCUCUAAUGCAGCCCUUCUGAGUACACAGUAAUCUUUAAUAUUUUCUCAACUUAAUAAAAUAUGGAUCAGUUUC